AUGUCGGACAGGACCACUCUGUGGCUGGAGUCCUCGCCGGGUCAAGGGGACUUCCAUGCCUUGCGACUGGAACCCGGACACGUGGCUCGGUUCCAUGGAACCAAUGUGAGACACCACGUCCCACCCAACAAGUCCCAGUGCAGCCGCGUCUCCUUGGACUUUCGCAUCGGUGUUGGACGAUUCUACGACCCCAAGUGGCGUCUGGAGGGCGUACAACACUACCACCCGCGUCGAAUCAUUCGGAUGUAGUGCAACCGAGCCAAAGCUGCUGCAUGUUGCACUAUGGGCGGAAAAAAAACCUCGAGAAA